CUAAAGCAACACUUGUUUAUUUAAUCGAUAAACGCUUUUAAACGUGGAGAAACCAAAUUUCGGAUGUUGUCAAUUUUGGCUUGCAAUAAUUUUUAAUAAUGGGUGGCAAAGGUAAAAAGAAACGUAAUAGCAAAGAUUCCACUUCGAGUAAUAAUGGCGGUGAAGAGGGAGAAAAGAAAAAAGAUAGUAAAAAGAAGAGUAACAGCAACAAAUCGCUGGGAUGCGACAUCUUCAAUGAUGUAGCCAUGGAAAAUGCCUAUUAUGUGUGUCAUAAUGUACAGGAUUUACUUAAGACGCGUGGAUUUGCUUGGCCUGAUGGACAAAAGAAGAAGAAGAAGGGAAAACGUUAAAGAUCACCACCACACAGCUGACGCCAUUCAAUCAAAACAAGUGUAAAAAACAAUAUACUUAAUAAAAACGAAUUUUAAAAUUACAUUGUUUAUAGCUUCCUAUGCUUCAACUACAUAUUACAAAUUUCGACUGUUUUAAUUUCAUAAGCGACUAUUUUUGUUUUCAUUAAAAACAUUUAAAUAGA